AUGGACGACGACGGCGACGGCAGCAGCAGCUCGGGCGACGUUUCCUCGACGGCCGCCGACGAGGAGCCUCGUGCGGAUCCCGAGCUGACCCAGACGAACGUGUCGCCGCCGAUGAUGGACCUCUCCCCGGAGAAUGUCAUCGCUCAGAUGCGGCUCUACGAUCGCACCAUGCCUCACAGGGUGCAAUUAGACCCAAACGUGGAGGCUGCUGAACUCUUCGUCGUCCUCGUCUUGGGGCCUCGCGACGACGGUGACCGGGGAGACCAUCCGCGGCACGCCGACGCCGACGCCGACGCCGACGCUGACGCCGGAGCGUACGACGACGACUACGGCAGCUUCGUCCUCGGCGCCGUCCCGGCAUCCAGCGUGGCCAUAGCUUGCCUGCCGGAGACGACGGUGGGCGAAGGCGAGGCGAGGGAGAGCGGGGAGUGCUGCCCGGUGUGCCUCGACGCGUACGAGACCGGCGACGCACUGAGGACGAUGCCGUGCGCGCACGGCUUCCACGAGCGCUGCAUCUUCAAGGUUUUCCUGUACAUAAUGCGUGUCAAGUAA